UCGUUGCACCAAUGCAGAUCGUAAUAUAUACUUUACCAUCAAUCCUAAUUCGACCAACUAUAAUUUUACAUGUUAUUACUUGGAAGGAGAGAAUGCUAAUAUCGUAAUUGAUUUUUCUGAUUUUUAUAUUAACUAUGCAUGGUUGAAUAAAAUAUUAAUAAACCAAACUAAUAUUGAUCACUCUCAUAAGAGAAUUUCUAUUCCAUUGACUACUGGAAAAGAAAAUACAACAAAUAAAUGGAUUUUGAAAUUGUAUACUAAUAAAAAUCAAUUCAAUCUAACAAAUGACAAGAUAAUAUUUGAACUUUACAAUGGUUUUUAUUACCGUAGCUCUAUUAGUAACGUCCAAUUAAAAGUUCUGAAGUUUCCUACGGUGACGAUCAAUGACACCUCGCUGGAUCUGACAGUGGUAGAGGAUCAUGAUCCAUAUCGAAUAAACAUAAAAUCCGAAUACGAGCACAGGCCUGGCGACAUUUUGAAAAUCGUAUGCGAAUAUAAGAGCGAUAAUUUGUCUCAGAGUCAUUGGGAGUACUGCAACAACAUAAGUUCAUGUAGCAAACGAACGAAAUCGGAGCAAACGGAAUCGAAGCAAAAGCAUACAAUAACGAGAUCUGUAGAUAACCGAUCACGUAUAUCUUGCAUCUACGAAGAAAGUAAAGUUAUAAUAACUGUAACUGUAAAGUUUUCCGAGAAGAAAUUAAAGGAAUUACAGAUGACGGUCAAUGGAGAGUCACAUCAAAACAAUUUUACAUACAACUACAUGGAAGAUGAUGAUAAUACGGUUAAUGUAACAUGCGUUUUAGCUAAAUCUCCUGAAAGUAUGAUGACAUACGAUAUUCAGAUGAUAGAAGGUUUUGGAAACUUCAGUACCAUCAAUAGUAGUAUAUCUACAUUAAACCGUAAUUUCAAAUUGGGCAUAAACCACAAUGGUACCAAUAUCAGGUGCAUUUUAAUAGAUCACGACAACAAAGAAGAAAUUGCUACAAUAUUUAUGACACUAAAUAUUACUACUCCAAAUAAAAAUAAGGUAACCCAGAAACCGGCUACCAGUAAAGACACAUCGAGCGAACUAAUAGAAACUUCCUCUGAAUUGUCAAAAAAUAAUGAACCAAAUUCAGCCCAAAAUGGUCAAUUAUGGCUCUGGAUUCUGAUCAUUUGUGCGUGUGUGAUCCUCAUUUUCAUUACUCUAUCAAUAAUCAAGGCCAUAAAGAAAUACUUCCGUACACUGCGGCAGUCCAACACAGAGUAUGAAAACCUAACAUCGCAGAAUACACAACCUUUUCCAAAUUCUUCAACACUUGAAGCCACGUAUUGCAGCCCAGCUGACCUAAAAAGUUCGGGCUCUGAAAACAUAUAUGCACAACCAUAUAAACCAAAAAAUCCCGAGGAUUUAUACUCGAUUCCAAUACCAAAGAGUAAAAGAAAGAAUCCCCCCGCCGAAAGCCUAUACGCCGAAUUGGCCUUCCACAAUAAAAAUGACCAAAUCGAUUCGAGAAACCUUGGAAGAAAUGAGAAAGAGCCCGAGUAUGCGUGCAUAAAGAAAGCUCCAAAUGCUAAUGAUAAACAGAAGCAAGCGUCUAGCACGGACUACACGAAUGUAUUUGAAAAAGAUAGAUACGUCAAUAGUAAGGAUCAAGAAUAUGUUGAGCCUAGUUAUUAUGAAGUGGGACAUCGAUAAAAUAUAUGACUCUAAUAUAUAUAUAUAUAUAUAUAUAUAUAUAUAUAUAUAUAUAUAUAUAUAUAUAUAUAUAUAUAUAUAUAUAUAUAUAAAUAACGUAAGUAAAAUCAAUAAGGCUUUGAUGUAUACAUAUAUAUUGGGUUUCUCUAGUUUUGUUUAAUGGAUAAUAAAGGAAUAGUAUCCGUGCUUGCACUGUCGUUGCAGCAGGCAGGACACCAGUGAAGAGUAAUAUAGUUGAGGGUGAAACAAGUAUUCAAUCACGAUGGUUUCCAGUGCGAAACCUCGAGACUGUCUACCUGAUUAGGUAUGUGGCUAGCUAUGGGGCCUCCAGUCCUCGUUACUAACAAUUCCCUUCCCUCCGGAUUCCUCUGGUUAGAUAUUAACAGUGGCCAUAUCAAUCAGAUAUAUACUUAUGUAUUCAUUUCGAUCACGUUCUUCAUUUCAGUAUAUAUUAUUAUAUAACCAAUUGUUAUCCAUUAUUGGUGCAAUAUGUAGAUAUUAUAAUAAUAAUACUGAUAUUCUUAUAGAAAACAAUUCAUUUGUAUAAUUCCAUUUAAAGUUAUAUUAUAAAACACACCCCAAAUUACUACAGACCGACUUACAGUAAAUGUCAGAUAUAAGUCUGCAUACGAGGGUCAAACUGAAAGUCCUGAUUUUCUAAAUCAAGAAGUGAUUAAAUUAGCAAGUUUUUACCUUUAUUUUAUCAUUUAGAAAUAGUGUCCAUUCACAUCAAUACAUCGCUGCAUCCGAUAGAACCACUGAGAAAAACAUUUUGCCCACUCGUCCUUAGGGAUCUCUUCGACGGCCUUCUGAUACGUAGCCACAGAUUUCUCGGCGUCCAUAAAACGUUUUCCUCGAAGUUUUUCUUUUAUUUUUCGAAAUAAAUAAAAAUCGCAAAAUCGGAGCUGUAAGGUGGAUGACCCAGUAGUUCUACGUCUGAGGUCGCCAAAUAAUCGAUCGUUUGCCUGCCGAUGUGCGACGAAGCAUUGUCGUGUUGAAGGAAGAUUCUACUGCGAGGUCAUAUCUCACGCACUUUUUCCAAAACACGUGGCAAACAAUUGUUACUGUACCACUCUGCAGUAACUGUUUUUCGAUGCUCUAAAACAAUUGUCGCGUAAUGGCCUGUCCUUCCAAAGAACGGGGCCACCAUCUUUUUUCCCACGUUUCGACCUCUCUUCACUUUAGAUGGGAACUCCUCGAAAUGAAACACCCACUGAGCUGACUGUCUUUUAGUUUCGGGAUCAUAACAGUAAAUCCAGCUUUCGUCUCCCGUAACUAUGUCAAACACAGAAUUUAAAUCACCUCCGUUAAAUCUUUCAUGCAUUUCACGGCAUCAAUCAACACGACGGAGUUUUUGAGCCUCGGUCAAAUUAUGAGGUAUCCAUCGGGUACAAAGCUUCUUGACCGCCAAAGGAUUUUGUACACUUCAUUCGUACCAAUCCCUAAGCUUGCCCGAAUCUGCUGAUAGGUCACUCUUUUAUCAGUCUCUAUCAUACGCUACACAACACUGAUGUUAUCUUCAGUCGUCGCCGUAGAAUACCGUCCCUCACGGUGAGAUUAGUGAGACCACGUUUAAACACAUUAAACCAGUUGUAAACAGUGGCACGAGACGGGGCUUCAUCGUGAAAGGCCAAUCGUAGUCUAUCAUAACUUUCUUGUUGACUUAGAUGACAUCGUAAGUCAUAAAAAAUCAUCGCACGAAAAUUUUCUCGUUCAUUAUAACGUUACACAGACUAUUUUCAAUUUGCCGCCAAACCGUAAAACAAAAGACAAGCGAAUAAAUUAUAUACUCGGUAUUAUUCGUAAAGAGUUCCAUUUUCAAAAUUUUAACAAUUUUUUUAUUAUAUUGCUUUUAAGUAGCCAGUUCUAAAAAAUUUCAGUAUAGCCUUCGUAUAAACGCUUUGUCAAAAACAGUUCAACUUUUUUUAUUCAUAUGUGCGUGAAUAAAAUUACCAGAAUGUAUAGUCAUUAAUCAGUAGUACCUAGUCCUGCUAUAAGUUCUGUUACAAAUGAAAAUGUAUUUUUUUAUGAAGUAAUGUAAUAUUACUAAAAUUUAUACUUUACGUAUUUAUUAAAGUUUCAACAAAAAAAAAAUAAAAAAAAAAAUUUAUUCGAAAUGGCCACCUUUGACUUUUAUAUAGGCCUUUAAUCUGUCUGGCUACGCAUCUAUGGACUUACGCACUGUUGCCAGGAAAAAAUUGCCAAUGCUUGCUCCAAAGAUCUUUCAAGAGACUCAAUGUUGUCGUGUCGUUUAGAGCAGGCCAUGUCCUCUAAAACUGACCAUAAUUUGAAGUCUAAAGGGUUGAAGCCUAGGCUAGAUGAAGGCCAGCCUUCAGCUCUUAUAAAGUCCAGAACGUUGGUUUAAAGCCAGGCUUGGGUAGUUUGUACCUUGUGACCAGGUGCAGAGUCCUUCUGGAAAGUCCACGAUAUGUUUUUAAAAAGUGUAUUGCUAAGAGGUUUCACAACAUGAUCCAAGACUGUAUUUUGAUACACUGGCUGAAGUUUUCAGUCCUUUUUCACAAAAAUGUAGUUUUGUGACUCCUUAAUAAGACACGUCCCACCAAACCAUCACUGACACAAGAUGAUGACCACGUUGUAUUUUUAUGACCACUUGAGCACUUUCUUUAGAAUUGUGAGCGUACACUUCAUCAUUUUGCUUAUUGUAGUGUUUUUCAAUCGUAAAAAUAUUUGCCUUUCACCUACAUAUCGCGAUGGAAGGCGUUUUGAUUGAUCCGCUCUCUUUAAUUGUAAAAAUUGAUUUAUGGCAUGACCUGUAUAUUGACAAUAAGCACCGAGCUUCAGGUCUUGUUUUAUAUUACGCGAUAGAGUCCUAGCGGGAAUUUUCAUUUCUGGCGAUAAGAUUUUUGCUUCCUAAUGAAGUUUCGACGAAUUCUGGCUUUAACAGCAUUAACAGCCUUUGUAGUUCUAACAACACGCGGCCGCCCCGUUUUUUUCUGGUCUUCAACAGAGUAAGUGUUGUUGUAUCUAUUGAUAGUACGAUAUACGAACAUACGGCUGAUACCAAGCUUUUGGAGUGUCUGGAAUAUGACCGACAGCUCCAUACCCACUUUGUGCAAGGCGAUCACUGCAAACCUAUUUUCUUUAACACCUCAAUCCGUUUUGUAAUUUGAUAAUGAACACGAAAAAUAUGUGAAAUAGCGCGAAAUGAAAACUUUUUAAAAUAAUAAACGUAUUUUAAAUUCAAAACAAUUAAAAAGUUGAUAAAAAGAAAAGUUUUUAUGUAACAGUAUUUAUGGCCAGAUUAGUUAUAAUCGUGUAAUCAGUGAACGAUUACUAUAAUUAAUAUCUAAAAAUAUAUUUUAAAAUAUAAAACUCACACUAGGCACUGAUCUAAAGAAUUUUAAUCGAAUUACUGUCAACACCGAAACCUAAUAAACUUUACGAGUAUAUUGUUAACAAAGAAGUCAGCCAAAGAGUCAUUUGGCUAACUGAAUUUUGACUUAACACUAGAUAAUCAAUAUGGAUGUAUAAAAUAUAUGUUUCUGCUUGAUUUCAUAGUUAGCUUUAUUAUUUUCAUUUACUUAAAUUCUACUUUAUUGUUAAGUUUAUUCCUUUUUUACUUAUGUACUUACUCAUUGUAUUCUUAGAAUAAUGUUUAUUAUUGUUAGUAAUCACAUUUACCAAUUACCAGCUUAAGUAUAAUCUUAUCUUUUAUCUUUGUUAUCAAUUAUAAAUUAUCAUUACAAUAAAACAUAAGACAAAUACCGUAAAAUAAAAUAA